AUGCUGUUCCUGCUGUCCCUGCUCUGCCAGGGACUCCUCUGCCCUGGAGACAGCACAGCAGUCCCCCAGGUCACAGGACUUCCCCAUGCAGCAGCAGAAGAGCCCCAUGCCUUCCACAUGCUCCAGAGUUCUUCCUUUGUAAACAACAGCUGGGCGUACACCCAGAGCUCAGGCUGGUUGGAUGACCUGCAGACACACCACUGGGACGAUGUCUUGGGUACCAUCCGGUUUUUGAGGCCCUGGUCUGGGGGAAACUUCAGCAAGGAAGAGCUCAAGAACUUGCAGGCAUUAUUCCAGUUGUAUUAUCAUGGAUUCAUCCGGGAAGUGCAAGUCUUUGCCAGCCAGUUUCAAUUUGAAUAUCCCUUCGAACUUCAGAUAUCAUCUGGCUGUAGUAUCCGUUCUGGGAAGGGCACAGAAAGCUUCCUGAUGGGGGCAUAUCAAGGAACAGAUUUCCUGAGUUUUCAGGGCAAUUCCUGGCAGCCCUCUCCGGGAGCAGGGAGUCGGGCCCAGAACGUCUGCAGGUUGCUCAAUAACUACAGAGAUAUUAAAGAGCUAGUGCAGAGCCUUCUCUUUCAGACAUGCCCUCGAUUCCUGGCAGGUCUCCUCAAAGCUGGAAAGGCCGAUCUGGAGCGGCAAGUAAAGCCAGAAGCUUGGGCAUCCAAAGGUCCUGCUCCUGACCCCAGUCACGUGCUGCUGGUGUGCCAUGUCUCAGGAUUCUACCCAAAGCCUGUGUGGGUGGCGUGGAUGCGGGGGGCGCAGGAGCAGCCGGGCACUCAGAAAAGUGACGUCAUGCCCAAUGCAGAUGGGACCUGGUAUCUCCGAGUCACCCUGGAUGUGAAAACGCAGGAAACAUCUGGCCUGUAUUGCCGAGUGAAGCACAGCAGUCUAGGAGGCCAUGAUUUAAUCAUCCGCUGGGAUGAAUACUCCGUGCUCUUGACCUUGAUCUGUGUGACUGUCCUAGUCACACUGAUUAUGCUGAUUGCCCUUCAGUAUUGGUUUCAAAAGCAGAGCUCAAGUCACAAAGUCCUUGAUUCCCAUUUGCCUGCCCCCACCAUGACUGUCAACACCCUGGGUCCCAGACGUUCCAGACAUCAGCUCUGCUCAGUCAAGGAAUUGUGGUCCAAAAGCAUAUUCUUGAAGAAAUGGAUAACAAGCCUGAACCAACGCCAAUGA